AUGGCUAACCCGGUGCCGGCAAAGAAGCCAAUUUUGAAAGAAGUCCCAGAAGCGGUCCGCGAUGAUAGGGGGAAUCUGUACAAACGAGGACGAUUCUUGGGAAAAGGCGGUUUUGCCAGAUGCUAUGAAUUGGUUGACACGAGGACGAACACGGUCCUUGCCGGCAAGAUUGUCUCGAAGAGCCUUCUGGUUAAACAAUAUCAAAAGGACAAGAUGGCUCAGGAAAUAACGAUUCAUCGUGGUCUUAACCAUGCACAUAUUGUUCGCUUGCAUGGUUUCUUUGAAGAUAGCGAUAAUGUCUAUGUGUUGCUCGAGCUUUGCCCAAGAAGAUCUUUGAUGGAGCUGCACAAACGUCGUGGAGCAAUUUCGGAACCUGAAGCCCGUUAUCUUACGCAUCAAGUCGCGGACGGUGUUGAGUAUUUGCAUAGAGCCCGUGUCAUUCACCGAGAUUUGAAGCUAGGAAACAUUUUCUUGAACGAGGACAUGCAGGUGAAACUCGGGGACUUUGGUUUGGCUACAACCGUGGAACAUGAUGGCGAGAGAAAGAAAACGCUUUGUGGAACUCCAAAUUACAUUGCUCCCGAAGUGCUGGAGAAAAAGGGUCAUUCGUAUGAGGUUGACAAUCUAAAUAACGAUGCAGUGAAGCUCAUCCGAGACCUUCUAGCUGCUGAGCCAACAAGACGACCAAAAAUUUCCCAAGUGAAAUCGUAUGAGUUCUUCCGAAAUGGAUACAUGCCUGUUCGCCUUCCAACCUCGUGUCUCACGAUGGCACCCAAGUUUGAUUCACAUGUUGCUGAAAUGUCGAUGCGCCGUGUGCCAUCACCAAGCAAAGCUCUUUCUGCCCGUCAAAUAGUGCGCGAUGAAAUUAUGCAAUCACCUGGGCGUCCACUUCACUCCGUGCCAGAAAAUUCCGCUGUGCCAACUCAGAUGAGGCAGAUUGAACUUCCACACGAUAAUCUUCAUACACCAGAAUAUUACACCAAGAGCCUGUAUCAACAACUUGUUGCCGUCACUAAAUCAAAGAAUGACAGAGCUAUGUGUGCAACUGAGGAUGAGGCCGAGGCUCCCGAGUGUCUACCUGUUUUCUGGAUUAGCAAAUGGGUCGACUAUUCGGACAAAUACGGAAUUGGAUACCAACUUUGUGACAACUCGGUCGGAGUUUUGUUCAACGAUGCUUCAAAGUUGGUUCUUGAUGCAGCUGGAGUGAAUAUGCAAUAUGUGGAUAAGGAAAGCCGAGAAGAAUACUACACUUUUACCCAAUUCCCCAAUCUUUUGGACAAGAAAGUUACUCUUCUGAAAUAUUUCCGAACGUACAUGAAUGAGCACCUCAUUAUGGCUGGCGAAAAGUUUGCAAAGGCUGGAGAUGAACUUGCUCGACUUCCUUGUCUACUUGCUUGGUUCAGGACUAAAUCAGCUAUCGUGCUUCACUUGGCAAAUGGGACUUUGCAAAUCAACUUCUUUAUCGAUCACACGAAAAUCAUCCUAUGUCCUCUGCUGGGUUCUGUUACUUACAUUGACGAAAAGAAAGAAUUCAGAACUUACAAAUUGUCAUUGCUACAAAGCAAGGGUUGUGGAGCCGAACUUCGUAAACGGCUACUAUACGCCGAAGGAAUGGUGGAAAGGUUGAUGUCCAAGUCUUUCAGCAAGAUCUACAAAUCGGCCACAUCAUCAAUGCUGCCUUCGAUGAGCAAUCUACGAGUUGCUUCUCAACCUCAGGAGCUC